AUGGUGGUUAGCCCCAGGGACAGCUCAACACAGGGUGUCAUCGUCUCUGUAUCCACCGCUGAUGUGAAUGAGUGUGUGACUCAGCUGGUGCUGUGUGACAUCAACGCUGAGUGUGUGAACCGCUUUGGUUCCUACUCAUGCCGAUGCCACUCCGGGUUCAAGGACAUGUCUAGGCUGGGCUCAGGUGGAACCAUUUGCGUGGACACCAAGGCCGCUGAUACGGACCGGCACAACGAGUCGACGAUUACGGUGGAUCAGCAUAGUCCUGAGCAGCAGCAGCGUAACACUGGCUGUACUUCAGUGUGGUCCAGCGGGAUGGUCAAAGGCAUCUACGUGGUGUGCUUCCUGCUCAGCUUCCUCAUCCUGCUGCUCCUCGGUACCGUGGGUGUGCUGUAUCACCGCCACCACCGGGGGGCCUUCCUGGUCCACUGUCGGAGCAGCAGCCACGGGAGCGUCCCCCCCAUCCCCCCUCCUGACUACAAAAACGACGGCAACGACAACACUUCCAUCCGCACCAACUCGGAGCUGCCCCCUCCGCUCCCACCCAUACAGCGCCCUAAGGAGGGCUGGGCUCGCCCUAAGGAAGGCUGGGCUCACCCCAAGGACUGCUGCCCCUCAGUGGACCUGCCCCUGCUGCGCUUCAGCCCCCUGCUGCCUCUUGAUGGGUACAUGGAGCCAGGGGAGGGUGUCAAGCUUUGAAGAGAAGAUUGCUCUGUGGUUGUCCUGAAUGUGCAAUGAGAGCAUUGAGACCCCGUUCUGGGCAGGUUGACUUCACUGUUUCCUAAGUUAAUUAUUUUUCUGUUUAUCUUUGCCUUUUCUCUAUUUUGAUGAAAUAUCUUGACUGUUAUUACUUUUUGUAUUACAUUGUCUUUGUGUGUAGUUUGGAUGUGCUACUUGAUAUAUU